AUGCCAAUCAAUUACCGCCCCGCCACGGAAGCCGACGUCACCGCCAUCGCUCGUGUUGGCAGCGCCGCCUUCGACCCAGAAACCGACCCGAUGAUGCGCCGCAUCUUUCCGCUGCACCUACAACAGCCAGGUGUCGACGCGCAAAUGAAAUGGCGCGCGUGGCGUAAAACCUGCCGACUGCAAGACGAUCCCAACUCAGUCAUCAUCGUCGCUGUGGACGAGGAGCUGAAUGAGGUGGUUGGCUAUGCCUGGUGGGUCGCUCCCCCCAAGCCGGAUCGGGAACCGUUCAUCGCCCCUAAGGAGCCCAAGUUUGCCGGGGUCGACCCGGAAGCUAGGGAGGAGGCGCGUUUCGCUAUCGAGUCUGCGACAAAGUCUAUCUUUGGGAAGAGUCUUGACUACUACGAGCUCUCAAUUCUAGCUGUGCACCCACAGCACGGCCGCAAAGGAAUAGGGAAGGAUCUUGUGCAGUGGGGCCUGGACAUAGCAAGGAGCGAGAAGAAAGACGUUUAUUUGAUAGCAACUCCCAUGGGAAAGCCACUGUACGAACGACUAGGGUUUAUGCAUAUUGGCGACGUCCCCUUCCUGGGAAUCAAAUUUACCUCGAUGAUUGUCAUGAAUAACCCACAUACCAAGCUCGAGGAUGGACGGGUCGUACACUUGAAUGAGACUGAAGCAACUGUUUAAGUGUGCAACUAAGCACCUAAGUACAUCGGGUAUAUAAACAUCGGGGUAUAUGUAUGUAUUCGUGGAGUUUGGGUGACUACCUAGGUGGCCACUAUAUGAUGGCUUCCUCCGUGAUCGCAUCUCUUGUGAGGAAAUAUCACAAUGUGUAC